AUUUUAGACAGUCAAAAAAUAAAUGGAAAAGAAAAGAAAAAGGGGAGUGGGGGCAUACCUGUUGUGCGCAGACGGGAGCAGAAGGCUUGCCAGGGGGAAUUAUUUGCCUCGCUGACAUCAUGUUGAUGUCAGCAUGAGGCACCAUGCACUACCAACGGCUCAAUUGUUUGUAUAAAAAAAUAUUUGGUAGAUCCAACAGUUGUGAUGAACUUGACACUGUUUGAACGGGAAAAAAAAAUGAUCCAACGGCUGAAAUUUAAAUCCAACGGUUGAAAUAAUUUAUUUUAUUUUUCUAUUAUUUUUAAUUGAUAUUUUGCUCGAAAAUCCUAUAUAAACACCUCAUUCCUUCUUAUUUUAAUCACACAUCUUCCAUAUCUCUCAUUCUUCAUCAUAUUUUUUCACUACAAUUUUGUUAUGUCUUCCUCAAAAAGGGGUGUUAAUUGGAAUGCUAAAGAGGAUGUUGUUCUAUGUAAUGCUUGGGUCACCAUAUCUGAAGAUGGUGCCAUUGGAAUAAAUCAACCGGGGGAGACUUUCUGGGGCCGAAUUCACGAGAUAUUUUCGGCACAAAGUCAAAUUCCUCGAACUCGAGAUGCAAUUGAGUCUCGUUUCAAGAUCAUCAAUAAUCAAUGUUCUCAAUGGAAAGGUUGUGUGCGGAAAGCGAACGCAACUCUGAGGAGUGGGUCAAACCUAGACGAUUUGGAUUUACAUGGAUUCCAAAGCUAAAAUACAAAGCAUCUUCGGAUUUGAACAAAGCUAGAAGCAGAGCUCGGCUAAUCCGCCGUUCUUCUAUCUGUCUUCCGUAUCAGCUAUUCCUCUCCACCAGAAAAUGGUGGUUAAUUGAACGAAGUCUCUGUCCACCACCAUGGAUAGACGCAGACAGAUCGAUAGACGAAGCAGGGAAAAAGAAGUUCUCUGUCCACCACCAUGGUCCAAUCUAGUUUGUCCUCCUUCAAGAGUCCUCACUUAUAGAUCUUUCGAGUCCUGAAUUGAUAAUUAAUCUAUCUUGCGGGUCCCGAAUUGAAAAAAUUCCUUCUUUUCUAUCUUUUAAUUUCCUAAACGAUUUGAAAUGCUUUGCACAUAUAACAUGAGAGACACCAAAACUAAGUACUUUGUAUGUGACAUUUCUCUUUCUUUUAACGAUAUAAUAUACUAUCCUCCGUAUUAUAAUAGUUGCAACAUUUGAAUUUACACACUAUUCAUGUACUCUACUUUGAUCACAUUUUAUUUAUUAAUGUAUGUGAAUUAUUUUUUUAAAAUAUUGUUGAAUUCAUCUCAUUACAAAGUUUCAUAAUCUGAUUUUUAAAAGUUUUUUACUAAUAGAGAAAUAAAUAUAAUGACGGUCAAAGUUGUGCAUCGACAAGCGUGAAAAAAAUGAAUGUUGCAACUAAAAAAAGGAACGGAGGAAAUACAAUUUUGGAACGUUGUCUCAAUAAUGUCAGGUGCAAUAUCUACAAGAUUGUCUCACACCCUCAUACCAAUUUGAUAAAUAAAGUUUGUAUGACUUAUGUCUUUUUUACUUUAUUAUUAUCACUUUAUGAAUUUAAUAUCAACCACCAAUUUUUUUUUCCUCAAUAAGCACACCACUUCUUCAUAUUUCAAUGUUAGUGAGACGUAACAUGUAAGUAGUCUAGUAGGUACUACUCUCUAAUUAUUAUAUGUGUUUAUCUCUCUCAUACCACUUGUGUGCAAUAUAUAUUUAAUAAUGAAGCUCUAAGAUAUGGGGAUAAUGACAUGUGUCUCCCUAAUGGGGGGCUUCUUCGUCAAUUUUUCUUGUUCUAUUGUAAGAAUGCAUUUUCAAUGAUAUCCCCACUUAAACUAGGGGUGAUUGUACAUGAAAUUAGUAAUAAAUUUAAAAAAAUCAUUGACUUCAAAUAUUUUGUAUAUUAAAUAUGGAUUUAAAAAGUGCAAUUUUUUAGGCGCAGUUAAACGUUCGUGCACUCGUGUGAAAUUAUAAAAUUAUACAACGUAAAUUAUUGGGGACUUUGAACUCAUUCUUACAUGAUACAUCAAUUCUAUACUAAUUUUUCGUUCUCUCCCGAAAGAUUUUUUAGGACUUUUUUCGCAUUUUACAUGUCACAACUAAGCAUGAACACGGUUCCAGAAUCAAGUGAUUGAUUACUAUCAACCAGUGCUAGACUGGUACCAUGUUGGGGGUAUGAGGACAAUUUUGCUAUGCAAGGUUUACAAAUUGAAAUCUCGUUUAUUUUAGCAUUUUAUGAUAUACGAAGUAUAAAAUCUCAACAAAGAGCUCAAUACUGGUAUAUAAGAUACAUUUAAG